AUUUGGAGAGGCGGCGUGUGGUGGGUUCACAGCUGGCUGGCUGCACUCCACAGCCCGCUGUUUAAUCGCUGAAAGCCUCCAAGCAUGGUUAAGUGAAGACUUGAGUCAAAAACUGGACAUCCAGGUUAUACACAGGCGCCAUGAGUGCUCUGCUCGCCCUUUUGACAUUUCUCGCCCUCGCCUCUGCCGCCGCAAAACCCAACGCGGGUCUAAAGACGUGGGGACGUUUCAGUAAACUGCCCUAUCCUGGCGACAAGGCUUUCCUCUACGAUACCUUCCCCAAGGACUUCAUAUGGGCGGUGGGCACGGCGGCGUACCAGGUGGAGGGCGCGUUCGAGAAGGACGGUAAGGGGCUCUCCAUUUGGGACACUUUUACGCGCGGCGGGAACCGGAUGGCCACCGGGGACGUGGGCAGCGACAGCUAUCACAACAUCCACGCCGACGUCCGAGCCAUCAAGCAGCUCGGGGUCAGCCACUACAGGUUCUCCUUGUCCUGGUCCAGGAUAUUUCCAAACGGCACGCGCGGGAGUUACAACGAAAUCGGCACCAAGUACUACCGGACGCUCAUCAAGAGGCUGAAGGAGAGCAGCGUGCAGCCGGUGGUCACGCUCUACCACUGGGACCUGCCCGAUCACCUGCAGCAGACCCUGGGCGGCUGGAGCAACCCGGAGCUCGUGGAGAUUUUCAAGGACUACGCAGACUUCUGCUUCAAGACUUUCGGGGAUGACGUGAAGUACUGGAUCACCAUUGAUAACCCGUUUGUUGUGGCGCGGCACGGGUACGGCACCGGAGUGGUCGCUCCUGGGAUAAAGAACGACCCUGAUCUCCCGUUCCGGGUUGGUCAUAAUCUGCUCAAGGCCCACGCGGCAGCAUGGCAUCUCUACGACCGCCACUACAGACCCCAUCAGCAGGGCAAGCUGUCCAUGGCGCUGGCCUCCCACUGGAUCAAGCCCAGUCGCACCCGCCUGGAAAGCCUGCGAGAGUGCCAGUGCUCCUUGGACCACGUCCUGGGUUGGUUCGCGCGCCCGCUGUUCACAGACGGCGACUACCCUCCCUGCAUGAAGGCGAGGCUGGGCUCGCGGCUGCCCACCUUCACACGGGAGGAGAGGGAGCAGGUGAGGGGGACCGCCGACUUCUUCGCCCUCUCUCACGGAGCGGCCCUGAGCUUCCAGCUCAUCAACGACAGCCUGAAGUUCGGGCAGCAGGAGGAUCUGGACCUGAGGAUGCUGCUCUAUUGGGUCAACGCUGAGUACGACAAGCCGCCUGUCUUCGUGGUGCAGAGCGGUUGGUAUGUUCUCGGCAAUACAAAGACAGAAGACCCAAAACACAUGUACUACCUCAAGAGGUUCAUCGCAGAGGCACUAAAAUCAAUUGUCAUAGAUGGAGUUAAUGUGAUUGGAUACACAGCCUGGUCUCUGAUCGAUGGCUUCGAGUGGCAUAGAGAAUAUGGGAUACGACGGGGACUUUACUACGUUGACUUCAACACUCCUGACAUGAAGAGGGAGCCAAAGACCUCCGCCACCUUUUACAGGAAUGUCAUCCAGAAGAAUGGAUUCCCAGAACUCCCAGAGAAUAGACCGGCACAGGGAGUCUUCCCAUGUGAUUUUGCCUGGGGGGUAUCUGCCAACUCCAUACAGGUGGAGACCAUGCCCAGCCAGUUCGCAGACCCCAGUGUUUACCUUUGGAAUAUCUCCAAUAACGGUGCACUGAUGAGGCUGGAGGGUUUCAGUGCACCGCCUUUACGCCGAACUGCACACUGUGCAGAUUACGCCACCAUCCGACAACAAGUGGAUGAAAUCCAGCAGGUGGGGGUAAACCACUUCCAUUUCUCUCUGAACUGGUCGGCUCUGGUGCCCACAGGUGAUGUGGCUCACCCCAACACUACUCUGCUGGGCUACUACCGCUGCUUUACCCGUCAGCUGCUGCAGGCCAACGUCACGCCCGUGGUCACUCUGUGGCACCACACUCGCCUGCGCAGCAGCCUGCCGGCCCCACUGGAUACCGCCAACAAGUGGCUGAACAGGGAGACUCCAGAGGCGUUCGCAGACUACGCCAGACUGUGUUACAGAGAACUAGGUGCCCAUGUGAAGAUGUGGAUCACCCUGAAUGAGCCUAACGAUGAGAUGGUGAGCUACCAGGAGGGUCAUCAGAUGCUGCGGGCACAUGCUCUGGCCUGGCAUGCUUAUGACCGCGAGUUUAGACACACACAGGGAGGACAGGUGUCUCUUGCUCUGCACAUGGACUGGGUGGAACCGGCCUUUUCAUUCAGCCGUGAAGACGUGGAACCAGCGAAAAGGGUUUUAGACUUCCGCGUCGGCUGGUUUGCAGAGCCGAUCUUUGGCAGUGGGGACUACCCUCUGGGAAUGAGGAGCUGGCUGCGUCAGCUCAACUCACUUGAGCUGCCUGUCUUCAACGAGGAGGACAGACAGCUGGUUAAAGGGACAUAUGACUUCUUUGCCAUUAGUCACUUCAGUACAAAGUUGGUGACACAUGCCAAGGAAGACUCGUACACCUACACAGCCAUGCUAGAAGUCCAACACAUGAUCGACACCACAUGGAUCAUGUCUCCGAGGCCUGUUGUGCCGUGGGGCCUGAGGAAAGCCCUCAACUGGGUGAAGGAGCACUACUUUGACGUGCCUGUCUAUGUGAUGGCUAAUGGUGUCCAGGAAGACCCAGCCCGCUUCAAAGACAGUCUGAGAGUUUACUACCUGUACAACUACAUAAAUGAGGCGCUGAAAGCGUACACUCUGGACGGUGUAAACCUGAAGGGUUACUUUGCGUAUGCCCUGAGCGACCAAAGGGACCCAGGGUUUGGCUUGUACGGCCAAGUCCACGAAGAGAUCAUAGUCAAGGCCUCCCUGUCCAACUAUCGCAACAUCAUCCAGCACAACGGCUUCCCCAUCCAGGGAGCUGCGCCCCAGCAGUGUCCCAGCUUCCCUCAACCCUGCCUGGGCUGCCAUGUGCUGGUAAAGAGGCCUGUGGUAGGCUUCCUUACUCUUGUGGGUUCAGGGGUGCUCAUCACUCUGGGCCUCAUCAUCUACUACACAGCCAAGAGACACAAGGAGUGUUACUGAUGGUUGUGAGUGUAGGAUUUGUUUUGUCUUUCUAUAAAGAGCAGAAAUUGAGCUUAUUGUUCAGCAGUGUAGAGUUUAUGUCAACUUUUAAAUCUAGUACUUCUUUUGACGUAAUUUUAAAUGAGCUCUGAAUAAGUGGUUUAGGUGUUACAACUUUUAUUAAAUGUUAUGUAAAAUUCCUUCAAAACUUGCCAGACACCUGUAACAGCUGAUAAACCCAUAAAUGUCAAAAGGUUUAUAUUUUUACAAAAGCAUUUUAAGACUCAACUGCAUCUCCAGUUGUCUUAGAAUAUUUUGCUACUGCUACUGUACAGCAGCUUUUAAAGGACUUUUAAAUGUUCAGGCUUAAUGUUUCUUCCACCCAAGCAUUAAGACCAAAUUAGGUAAAUACUAUGAGAAAAUACACUAUGAAGCACAGUGAAUCACAAAGGAAGCUUGUGAUCAUCAAUUUAAGUUUUGAAACUCUUGAUAAAAGCUGCACAUCAUCAGUUCCAGAUGACGGUGUACAUCACAGAAAGGACCUUUCAAAACUGCUUGGUUGAGACUUUGUUCUCUUCAGUCAAGCGACACUCUUUAGGGGUUUCCAUUUUUGUAGACCCUUUGCACUCCACCAUGCUGCUAAGGUCAUUUUCAAAUAGAAGAAGAAACCUGGAUGGUAUGUUUUACAGCUGAAAUCCUGUAGCUGUUUGUAGCUGCCUUCAUGGGUUGAUAUUUUUUGUCUAAUAAUGCCCUAUUCAAACAAGUUUGUGCAGUUUUGUGACUGUAAUGUAAUUUGUUUAACUGUUGUUAGUGCUCAACUGACAAUAAAUUUGCUUUAAUGAGAAGGAAAAAAAACUAAAUGCUGACACUGCAGCACAACAG